UUCGUCACUUCCGUUAGAGUCAACGUUUGCACGUGUUUGUACUGUUUGCCAGCGUGUGUUUACACGUUUGGUAACUCAAUGCUAACAUAUAACAUUUAUUUUGGCGUCCCAAUCUGAGUUACGCUGCCGUGAUGCCCAAAGUAAAGAAAUCCAAAGGAGGAGGAGAGAAGGGCGGCGGAGGAGCGGUGGCGCUGGCCGACCAGAUUUUGCAAGCGGACACGGUCCGAGCCCGAGGCCGGGUGAAGGGGCGAGACGCCCGGUCAGAGGACGAGGAUCAGUACGUAGACGAGCGUUUGUCGAGGAAGAUCUUACAGCAGGCCCGGAUUCAACAGGAAGAGCUGCAGACGGAAUAUGGGCUGGCCCCGGAGAAGAAGAAGGAACCAGUUACUGUUCUUGGCCCUGACUCUCAGGAUGCAGACUCAGAUGAGGAGUGGCCAGCACUGGGAGAAGCAGGUGUUGGUGAUGCUGACGCAGUGUGUGAUGCUGAAGUUGUUGUGGACCCCAGCGACGAGAAGGCCAUUGAGCUGUUCAUGAACAAGAACGUGCCAGUGAGGAGGACCUUGGCGGACAUCAUCAUGGAAAAGAUCACAGAAAAGCAGACUGAGGUUGGAACAGUGAUGUCUGAGGUGUCAGGGCACCCGAUGCCACAGCUGGACCCGAGAAUAAUAGAAGUGUACAAAGGUGUAAGUAAGGUUUUGUCAAGGUACCGGAGCGGUAAACUGCCGAAGGCUUUUAAAAUAAUACCAGCGCUCUCAAAUUGGGAGCAGGUUCUGUAUUUGACCGAGCCUGAAUCCUGGACUGCAGCUGCCAUGUACCAAGCCACUAGAAUCUUCUCCUCCAAUCUCAAAGAGCGAAUGGCCCAGAGAUUUUACAACCUGGUGCUGCUGCCUAGAGUGCGGGACGACAUUGCGGAGUACAAGCGACUCAACUUUCACCUCUACAGUGCCCUGAAGAAGGCCCUGUUCAAACCAGGAGCAUGGUUUAAAGGUAUACUCAUUCCGUUAUGUGAAUCUGGGACCUGUACCCUCAGGGAAGCCAUCAUUAUUGGAAGCAUACUAACCAAAUGCUCAAUCCCUGUGCUGCACUCCAGCGCAGCAAUGCUAAAAUUGGCAGAGAUGGAGUACAACGGUGCCAACAGCAUUUUUCUGCGUCUCUUGCUGGACAAGAAGUACGCCCUGCCUUUCCGUGUCCUAGAUGCCUUGGUGGCCCACUUCCUCUCCUUCCGCAGUGAAAAACGUGUUCUUCCUGUGCUGUGGCAUCAGAGCCUUCUCACCCUGGCCCAGCGCUACAAGGCCGACCUGGGCUCUGAGCAGAAGGAAGCUCUGCUGGAGCUGCUCAAGAUCCAAACGCACCCUCAGAUUUCAGCAGAGAUUCGCAGAGAGCUGCAGAACUCAGAAUCAAGAGAUGUUGAAGUUGGGCUGCCGGUUAUAGUCGAGAUGGACUGAUUCAGUCUGGUGUGGUGCAUCUCACUGCUUUUCAUGCUGGCUCAGCUUUAAAAGACUUUGGUUACUGUCACAGUGGAAAUGUAAAAAUAACAAGACCUUUGUGUAAUCUGGUGGUUGUAACUCUGGUCAUGCUCCAUCUUGUUUGCACAGAAACAUGCUCAUUAGUGGUGAUGUAAGAUGGUUUUCAAAAACACAAGUCUGAGCUUGGGAAUAACUGUUUUUUUGUGAGUUUGAUUCUGAGUUGGAUGAAAUGGCAACAUGGAUAAAAAAAUCUAAUGAAUGCUAUGGAUAAUGGUUGCUGAUUUUUCAUUAUUGGUUGGGCCUUUUAGCCAGCGACAAAAACUCAACUCAAGUGAUCACUUCAAGAAUCAAGUGAUAACUUGAAGACAACGUUGAGUUGUCUUCAAGUUAUCACUUGAUUCACUAUUAAAGUAAUAGUUGAUUAGAAUUUAGAAUUUUAAAAAAUCUAUUUAUUUCAGUCACUGCAGCUGAGAUUGGUUAUCAGUAAACCUUUGGAACAUCUAACAUAUUGCUUUUGUCAGUUUGUCACAAUAAAGAGAAAAUACAAACUUC